UCAUUUAUACACGAGAGAAUGAUGAACCAUUACAUUCAGUGAAUUGAUAUAAUCAGUACAGUAUAGUGGGCAACUGACCACAAGCAAAUAAAUAAAAAUCGUAAUAUUUUUAUAGGUUCUUAAAUCACAAAAAAUAAUUCAAAAAACUUUUUAAUAACAAGGUUUAGCCACUCGGAUCAUGGAUCUAACAAGCACUAUAUCGGAUUCCUGUCCGGGAAACCUGCAGGGUGCCUCUGGAUUUUUCUUCCUUACUUUAAUCAAUAGUUUACUUCAGUCCAAAUGUAAAUUGGGUUCAAAAGAAGUGUACAAUGAGAACUAUGGUCCCUUAAUUAAAGAUGGUGACGAGUUUGACUUUAUUGUGGUGGGUUCUGGAUCUGCAGGAUCAGUUGUUGCGAAUAAAUUGACUGAAAAUUCCGAAUGGAGAGUUUUAGUGCUAGAAGCAGGAGGAUAUCCAUCAGCAUCAAGUGAUAUUCCAGCUGCAUUGGCAAGUCUCCACCAAACAGACGAAGACUGGCAGUAUAAGAUGGAACCAACAGAAAAGGCGUGCUUGGCGUUUAAAGACGGAAUAUGUAAAAGUCCUCGUGGAAAAGUGCUGGGAGGUACAAGUACUAUAAAUGCCAUGUUGUUUUGUAAAGGAAACUCAAAGGAUUAUGAUGAAUGGGCCGAAAUGGGAAAUACGGGUUGGGAGUGGGACAAUGUAAAGAAGCAGUUUGAGGGUUUGUCGAAGAUUAUGCCAGAAUGUAACAAUAAGUAUGACUCAGGAGAACCAAUCAUAAAUGCAUUAAAUGAAGCAAAUAAAUUAUUGGGAUAUAAAAUCCACGAAGAUUACAAUCCAGAAGACCCACUAGGAACAGUAACCGGUAACGUGUGUAUCCAGAAUGGACAACGACAAAACACAGCUAAAGUUCUUUUGGGAAAAUAUAAAAACAGAAAAAACUUAUACGUAGCGACUAACUCUUUUGUUGAAAAAAUUCUAAUAGAUCCAGAAACAACAGAAGCGGCUGGAGUAGUAGUAAGAAUAAAUGGAAAAACAUUGACAGUUAAAGCCACCAAAGAGGUUAUUCUGUCAGCUGGCGUUAUUAAUUCUCCUCAGCUACUUAUGUUAUCAGGAAUAGGGCCAAGAAAAAAUCUCGAAGAAGUAGGAAUUAACUUGAUUAAAGAAUUGCCAGUUGGAGAACACCUCGAGAAUCAUAUAAUACACAUCGGGCUCGAUAUCGUUUUAUCUCCGGACUCAAUUCUACCAGAACACAGACCUGAUAGAAUGCAGGAUAUUCUAUAUGAGUACUUCAUGCAUCAGACUGGACAUUUGGCUACAAUUGGCACAAGUAACUACUGGAACUUUAUUAAUACAAAAAAUAAUUCCAAAUUUCCUGACCUUAUGUUCCAUUAUUCACUUUUUGCUCAACACGAUAACUCUAUGUUGCCUACACUACUAUCACAUGCGAUGGGAGUAAAUGACGAUGUACUGUUAAGUAAGUUAGAAUAUCUAAAAACCAAUAACUUGCUGGUGAUUUUUCCAACAUUGCUUAAUACAAAAUCAGUUGGAAAAGUUUUGUUAAAAAGUAAAAAUCCUCAAGACCACCCCCUUAUCUUUAAUGGAUUUCUAUCUGAUGAAAAAGAUGAAGAUCUUAACUGUAUGUUGGAAGGAAUACGGUAUAUAGAAAAAAUAAUCGAAACACCACCUCUACUAAAAUUUAAUCCAGAAAUAGCAAAACUGAACCUCCCUGCGUGCGAUGCGUAUGAAUUUAGAUCUGAUGAUUAUUGGAAAUGUUCUCUACGACAACUUACUGCACAUCUUUACCAUCUAACAAGUACUUGCAGAAUGGGUCCCAAAGAUGACGGCACCUCUGUAGUCGAUCCCAGAUUGAGGGUACACGGAAUAAAAAAGCUAAGGGUUGCGGAUGCUAGCAUAAUGCCAAAGAUAACAAGCGCCCAAACUCACGCACCUUCCAUGAUGAUAGGCCACAAGGCUGCCGAGAUGAUUAAGGAAGACUGGACGAAGAAACAUGAAGAAUUAUAAAAGCAUAAAAAAAAUUAAUUUUCCUUUUAUAUAUUUUUAAUAAACAUAUGAUAUAGAAUUCUAUUCUACAACGAUUUAUUGAAGAUUUAGUGGAUCACAUGUUUACACGUAAUUUUUAAAUUCCUCUUAGUAUCGACUUUGAAAAAAACUGAUAACCGCAAAAUCUGAAAGCACUGUACGUAACUAACUGCGAAUGAAUUGGGACAAAUAAAAAAACAAUUUUUUUCUAAAACCUUAGCUUUAAAUCAUUACAUACCAUAAGUAGACUGAAUAAUCUACUUAUUAGUACGAAAUGUGUCCUCUAGUAGAAAUGACCUCUCCAACACGUCUU